AUGUUUGGCUUUAAGAAAAGAUGGAUUUCCGUAUUUGUCGUUGCUUAUAAACUUAUUCAAUUUUCAGUAGUGACAGAUGUAAUCUGUCAACGUUCAGCGAGUUCAGUGGGUACGGAAGAGAUACCAUCGUCAUAUCUGGAACAGGGAAUGACUUCUACAAGUUUCACCGAUUAUAGUGGAGGAGGAGGCACUGGCGGUAAUGUAUCAGUGAGUGAGUCGGCUGUUACCAGACAUUCAUUUGGUGUUUUAAGAAUAUAA